AUGGGGCUCCGCGACGUCCUCAGGAAAAAGGAUCGGUCCGAUUCCGAGCCUCCUAUCCCCGAAUUCACCCUCAUCCGAUCCGACACCUACACAGAAGAGGUCGUCUACCCGCCAGGCGGCGCCUCCCACAAUGACCCCUUUGCGAGACAGCAGCAGCAGCAGCAGCAGCAGACCGGCACGAAGCCCCGCCAUAGCUUGGACGUCUUCCGCUCCUCGCGAUCCCGCAGCGCCUCGGCCGCCUCGGCCACUUCUUCCCGCACGGGGGCGACCAACAUCCCCACCGACCUCCCCGAGAUCGGCAACGCCUCCGGCAUAUCGGGUGACCCCGACGACACGGAGGCGCAAUGGGAGAAGCGAGCCAUGAUCUUGGCGAGGAGCAGGCCGUCCUCGCCUAAUCCGGAACAACAAGGUGGCGGCAACCUUGGCAAUACGAGCAGCAAUGAUCGGCGGUCCGGCGCCAUGGUGUCGACGAGCCAGACGGACGAGCUGAUACAGCAGGCUAUUGCUUUUCAUGAGGACGGCAACUUGGCGCAGUCUACGAGGCUCUUUGGCCAGCUGGCGGACCCCAAUGGCGCCAAUAACCCGCUCAGCCAGGUGCUCUACGGCCUCGCGUUGAGACACGGCUGGGGAUGCACACCUGACCCUGACCGGGCGGUCCUAUUCCUCUCCAAGGCGGCUUCCAACGCAGCUGCCGUGGAGCAGAUGGCGCUGCAGGCCGGCCUCAAGAAGGGCGGUGCCGCCAAGGGCGAGCUCGUACUGGCCAUCUUUGAACUAGCGAAUUGCUUUCGCCAUGGGUGGGGGAUCGGAAAGGACCCCAUCGCCGCUAAGCAGUACUAUGAAACCGCCGCGAAUCUCGGUGACACGGAUGCGAUGAACGAAGUGGCUUGGUGUUACCUAGAGGGCUUCGGAUGCAAAAAGGACAAGUUUGCCGCGGCGCGAUAUUACAGGUUAGCCGAGAAGAAUGGGAAUAAAACACUGGGCAACUCAUGUUAUGCGCUAUCCCGACCCCUUCUCCGCCUCCUCUGCGGCUGCUUCCCCGCCCUCCCCGGCCCCUUCGACUAG